AUGGAAGAGACAGGGUGGGAGGAGCGGGUGCGGGCGGUGACGCACCUCCUCACGUCGCCGCCGUCGGAGGUGGCGGCGCCGCCGCUGCACUCCCAGGUCUUCCUCGCCGCCACCGCCCCCAGCUACGCGCGGUGGGACUUCCCCCCGUUCCUCUGCCGCCGCGACGAAGGGGAGCUCCUGCGGGCGACGCCUCUUCUCCUGUCCUGGUCCGUCGCCUUCUUCCUCUCCUCCCUCGGGCGGCACCGCCCCUACGCCGCCUCCUGGCGCUCCAAAUGCCCCUUCCAGGAGCCCCCGCCGCUGGUCGUCUCCGCCGCCGUGGAGCCCGCGCCGCCGCGACGGACGCCGGAGGAGAUGAGGACGUACUUCCGCCGCCGGCUCCGGCGGCGGCGGCCCGGGGUGGAGGUGCCGGCCCUCGUCGCCGUGGUGGGGCCCAACAUGCUGCUCUUCUCCCUGCUCCUCUGGGAUCCUCUAUCCCUCCGGCAAGAACCCUAA